UCUUAUCUCUCCGUCUCUCUUUUCAUUUUUUGAAUAUGUUUUUUCCUUACUCGUUUUCAUAACAAAAGCUUUUCUCUGUUCUUCGGUUUUGAUCUGUGAAAGCCGAAAAGCUCUUUCCUUUCUAUGUUUUAUUUCCCUCUCUUAUUUACAUUUCUUUUAGUUACAAAUUGGUACUUCUUUGUUCUUCAACCUCCAAUAUUCAUUUUAUUCCCCCCUUUUGCUGUCCUGUUUAAUGUAAGAUCUGUUGGAAGAAUUGGUUCAUGGGUGUUAUGGAUCUUAGAGAACAGGAAUCAUUGAAUGAAGAUACAAUGAGUGAGACCAUGAAGAAGUUUUGUACUGACUGCAAGACCACAAAGACCCCUCUUUGGAGAGGUGGCCCUUCUGGCCCCAAGUCAUUGUGCAAUGCAUGUGGGAUAAAAUAUAGGAAGAGAAGAAGAGCAAUGUUGGGUUUAAACGAAGUAUCAGAAAAGAAGAAAGUGAAAUGGCAUUUAUCAUCAUCAUCGUCAUCAUCAUCAUCCAGCACCGUCACAACAAGCUCUGCUUCUAUUGCUACAACAAAUGAUGAGUCUGUUGAUGACACGAAACCUAGUGGUAGAUUUAGUGGGUUAGGUGAGGCUGUUAAGAUCAGAUUACUUGCUUUGAGUAGUGAAGUUUUGUUGCAAAGAUCAUCAUCAUUAACAUGGGUAGUGAAGAAGCAAAGGUGUCAAAGGAGAAGGAAGGUAGGAGAGGAUGAAGAACUUGCUGCUUUUUCUUUGAUGGCCAUGUCCUAUGGCUUAGUUUUUGCUUGACAACUAGAGAAACGCAGAAUUAAUCAACAGCGAAAUUCGAUUGAAAAAUCAAUGUAUUUAUGAUGAAAUGAGAGUGGUUUACUUUAUUUAAUUGCCCUACUGUCUCAAGUGAAUAUUUUUCUGUUGUCAUGAUUCAGACAUUGUCCUUUGAGGAUAGGAUCAGCUUAACUAUAUAUAUGAUUAAGUGAAGUAAUAACGCA